UGGAAUUUUAGCGAGAAGGAGGGGAAGCAGAGGAACAAGAGAAGAAGAACUGAGGCUUAGCUAGCUUACAGUGAAGAAGAAGAAGAAGAAUGAAUGGUGAAUUGGAGUUACCGCCUGGGUUCAGAUUCCACCCAACGGACGAGGAGCUGGUGAAUCACUAUCUCUGUAGGAAAUGUGCCGCUCAGUCCAUUGCUGUUCCCAUUAUCAAAGAGAUCGAUCUCUACAAGUUUGAUCCAUGGCAACUUCCUGAAAUGGCACUUUACGGCGAGAAGGAAUGGUACUUCUUUUCACCGAGGGACCGAAAAUACCCGAACGGUUCGAGGCCGAACCGGGCGGCUGGGAGUGGGUAUUGGAAAGCAACUGGAGCCGACAAGCCGAUUGGUAAGCCGAAGCCACUGGGAAUUAAAAAGGCACUCGUAUUCUACGCGGGUAAGGCCCCCAGUGGCAUCAAAACGAAUUGGAUCAUGCAUGAAUAUCGCCUCGCUAACGUCGACAGAUCCGCCGGCAAGAAAAAGAACCUAAGGCUUGAUGAUUGGGUGUUAUGCCGAAUUUACAACAAGAAAGGCACGAUUGAGAAAUACAAUGUGAUGGAUCAGAAAGCGGGCAAUUUAUCGGAAUUCCAUGACCAUGAGACCAAACCGGAAAUCAAACCGUACGACCACAGUAAGGUGCAGGCACCGGCGGCAACAACGGCGUUCAUAGGUGACCAAUUCUAUAUGGACACGUCAGACUCGGUGCCGAGGCUGCACACGGACUCGAGCUGCUCGGAGCACGUGGUUUCGCCGGACGUCACGUGCGAGAAGGAGGUACAGAGCGAGGCCAAGUGGAACGAGCUAGGGCUCGGAGAAGAUGAUGGGAUUGAUUUUGAAUUGAAUUACGUGAUUAAUAAUAUGAAUAACCUCUCGGGAGAAGAUCCCUUCGCCUCUUCCGUACAGUACCAAUUGAACCAGCUCUCGCCAUUGCAGGACAUGUUCAUGUUUCUGCAGAAGCCAUUCUGAACAGCACGAGAAGGAUGGGCCCCACUUGAUUCAAUUCAUUCGAGGAAAGAGAAUUAGAUUCGAACGAUAUAAAUAUGCUGAUUGUGUAAAUAUUGUGUAAAAGCUCAUCAGAACGGACUUAUAUGAUUUGAUGAGUUUUCAUUAGUAUUUUACACAGUUAAAUGAUGCUAAAGACCCAGUUGGGUUUAUUUCUUUGUUUAUCGAAGAAAAGCACUAUAUUGUUAAUAUGGAAGGAGUCAGUAGGAAAUUCUUGUUCCACGGGAACUGUGGCAGAAUUUUUUUUUUAACAAGUCUGUAAUUGUAAUUGUAGUAUAUAACUUUAUUCGUCAAUGGAAUGGAAAACACUUGGCUGUAAA